AUGGCUGCGAUUAAGGUACAUGGUUAUGGUGGCAUCGAGGGUGACGUCACCCCUACUGUCGCCAGUGACGCAACAAGCGAAGCAAGUCUGUCCGAGUUCUCCUCUCCUGAGAGCUCCCAGGCCUGUUUCGAGCAUGAGCCGCUCACCAAAGAGGAGGUCCUGACGUUGCAGCGCGACCUGAUGCAGGAGCUCUCAUCGCCCGCCUUCCAGAAGGGCCUGCGCCAAGCAUCCGGCCUCCGUGCUGCCGGCAAGCACACCGAAUACCAGAAGGCACGGCUGGCCGUGGUGCGCGAUGUGCAGCGUGCCAUCGUUGCCAAGCAUGGCUUUCCACCCUCGGACAAAGGUGUGGACCAGAUGCUCCUGGCCAUCCAGGACUUUCACGAUGACCCCGACGUGUCCGUGAACGAGACGAUCCUCCAGCAGCUGUCCUCUUGCGGGGUGCCGGCCGCGAAGGAGGCCACUCUUCUGGGCUUCGAGAAGAAGACGCUCGGCAAGCGGGACAUGAUCAGGCUGCUCAAGAGCCUUCAGGAGCAGCUGGCCCCUUGCUUUGGCUUUGAGAAAAGCAAGGAGGGGGUCUUGAAGAUGAUCUCCACAUGCGGGACCUUCUUGACCCACCCGGAGGUGUCUGAGCUCUUCGACGUUGUCAAUGCGAAAUUGGGAAUGUCCCCGGCUGCAUGCAAAGCCUUCCGCACGAAAGUGCAGCCGUAA